UCGCCCGGAAUGGAUAAAGUUUUUCGUUUGCUGCUUUGGAUAACCGUAUUCUUUCUUAUGGCACGAGGAAAAUUUAAGACUCUAAAUUGUCAGCUCUACGACGCAAAGAUAGGUAACUUCAGUAAAUGCGAGAUAAAGGCUGUCAAUAGAGCCAACAAUAUUAUAAACGUUAACUUUGAUAUAUUUGACACUAUCAAAGUUGCUACGAUUCAAGUUGGUCUCUUUAAACGUGAAAAUGGCUGGCAUCCCUAUCUUUAUUCUUUUAGCAUUGAUGCUUGCAAAUUCAUCAAGAAACCAUAUAAUGUAGUUGCGAUAAUAGGCUUCGAGUAUAUAAAACCCUAUACGAAUAUGAAUCACACCUGCCCUUAUAUGGCUGGCACAUCCAUAAUUGUUAAAGAUUUUCAAGUCGAUGUAGAUCACUUUCGAGCUCGUUUUCCGGUUCCCAAUGGAGAAUACGGAUUAAGAUUAUCCAUUUUUAGAAACAAAAUCUUGAAGGCAUCUGUUAAUGGAUCUAUUUAUUAUUUCGAUUAUAGGAAUUAAGGAAGUUUAUGGGAAUAAUUGCAAA